CUGAGCUUAAACCUGUCCAAGUUCAAGUGAAGUUCAGUAAACAGGCCUUCUCAUCUACUGAACAUAACCAAGGAUACGAGGCACAUAGAACCAAACUGUGAGUCUGCAAAUUAUAUCAAAUCUAAUCCCUAAAAUGGACGAAGCCAAAAGCCAAAGUUUGGAGGAAGACUUUGAAGGACAGGCUACCCAUACAGGACCCAAAGGAGUAAUACAUGAUUGGAGAAAGUUUAAAUUAGAGAGUGAAGACAGUGAUUCAGUUCCACCAAGCAAGAAGGAGAUUCUCAGACAAAUGUCUUCUCCUCAGAAUAGAGAUAACAAAGACUCAAAAGAAAGAUUCAGUAGAAAGAUGAGCAUUCAAGAAUAUGAACUAAUCCACCGGGACAAAGAAGAUGAAAAUUGCCUUCGUAAAUACCGGAGACAGUGUAUGCAGGAUAUGCACCAGAAGCUGAGUUUUGGGCCUAGAUAUGGGUUUGUGUAUGAGCUGGAAACUGGGGAGCAAUUCCUGGAAACUAUUGAAAAGGAGCAGAAAAUCACCACAAUUGUUGUUCACAUUUAUGAAGAUGGCAUUAAGGGCUGUGAUGCUCUAAACAGUAGCUUUACAUGCCUUGCAGUUGAAUACCCUAUGGUCAAGUUUUGUAAAAUAAAAGCUUCUAAUACAGGUGCUAGGGACCGCUUUUCCUCAGAUGUACUCCCCACACUGCUUGUCUACAAAGGUGGGGAACUCAUAAGCAAUUUUAUUAGUGUUUCUGAACAGUUUGCAGAAGAAUUUUUUGCUGGGGAUGUGGAGUCUUUCCUAAAUGAAUAUGGGUUACUACCUGAAAGAGAGACACAUGCCCUAGAUCAGACCGACAUGGAGGAAGAUAUUGAAUAAAGAGUCACUAUGUCAACAUCUCAUAUUUCUCCUUUACAAGUUGAGCAUUGAUUUUCAUAGUAUCUAUAUUCCUUUAGAGAACACCAAGUAGGCCAUGGCUAUUUUAAUUUGUGGGAAAAAAAACAUGUACACUAAAAGUAUUUACUUAGCAUUUCUUAGUUACUUAAAUGCAUAGAAGUCUUUACUAUAAAACAUUGUAGUGUUCAGCCACAUGUUUGUAGACAAAGAGAAUAUGAAUAAUGUGACAGUUUUCAAAAUCCCUUUCAAAUUAUGUGUUGGCUUUUUUACUCCUUGUUUUUUCCUCAGUGUUAUUAUUUGGGUUUUCAAAUUACACUAUCAAUUAUAAUUUUUCUAGUGUGAUAAGAAUAAAGUCUCACAAGGAAAUAA